UGCUGGCUAAUAUCACUUAACCUGCCGCAGCUUUUGGCUAAUAUCGUUUGGAACUUACGCUCAUUAGUUUUUGCAAAAAUUACAUAAUCAUUUACUUUGAAGCUUACUUUAAUACAUUUAUAUAUAUUUUGUUUUCCUGUUCUCUUGAUGAUCAAUCGCGGGAGUGUGUGGAUCGAGUGUUUGCUUCUGGCUGUCUCAUUUAAAUUCGCAAAUUCGCUGAUCGAUUCGAUCAGUUGAAUGAACGAACUCAAGCCACAAUGAUCGAUUUGUCACUUUUUAUUUGGCUACUGUGUUGUGUCUUCAUCGCCUAUUUGGCAUAUGCAAUUCAAUAUCACGUGCGAAUCAAUCGUUUAACCAGCAAUUGGCCAGGACCUCCAUCCUGGCCCAUCAUCGGGCAUUUGCACAUCUUUGCGCGCAUCAUUGGACCGCGUCCUUUCAAGCGAGCCACCGACCUGAUCAACUGUCAUCUCAGGGAGCAUCGCGGUAAACUCUGGCUGGGCACAAAACUCUAUCUCUUUGACUGCAAUCCCAAGGAUAUUCAAGCACUUUGCAGUGCUCAUCAGCUACUGCAGAAGACUUCGGAUUACAGUGUUUUUGAAAAUUGGCUCUGCGAAGGUCUCUUCACAAGUGGCGUGGAGAAAUGGACACAUCGUCGCAAAAUGAUUGCGCCAGCCUUUAACUAUAGCAUGAUAAAACGAUUUGUGAUUGUGUUUGAGCGUCAAGCACGCAUUUUGAUCGGCAGAUUGUCAAAAUUGGCCAACACCAAUGAACCUGUGGACUUUUUUCAAUACAUCAGCUGUUACACGUUGGAUACCAUCUGUGAAACAGCCUUGGGCACAACAGUCAAUGCACAGUCAGGGCUAAAAUCGGAUUACUUUGAUGCGGUUAGAGAUGUUGUACGCAUCAUCGACUAUCGCUUGAAGAACUUGUUCUAUCGCAGCAACUGCAUUUACAAUCUGACAGCUUUAGCUGCCAAGGAGCAGCAAAUCAUCAAAAUACUACACAGCUUUACAGAAGGCAUCAUAAAGCAACGCUUUGAGCAACUCAACUCGGAUUUGGCCAAUCGGAAUUAUGGAACAACAGAGAAUGCAGAGUUGAGUGAGAAGCGGACGCUAAGCUGCUUGGAUACUCUAUUGCUGGCCAGAACUCCAGAUGGUCAGCCAUUGCAGGUGAAAGAUAUACGCGAGGAAGUGGACACAAUAAUAUUUGGUGGCUUUGACUUGACAGCGGCCACACUCAAGUUCUUCAUGUACAACAUGACCAUGCACAUGGAUUAUCAGCAACUGUGUCGUGAGGAGAUUCUACAGGUGUGUGGCAAGGACACAGGCGAAGCCAUCACUAUGGAGCAACUAUGUCAGCUAGAAUACCUCGAAAUGUGCAUCAAGGAAUCUAUGCGCAUGUAUCCAUCAGGUCCCAUCACAGCCAGAAGAGCUACAGCUAAUUGCAAAAUCAACGACUUCUUCAUACCAAAAGGCAGCGAUGUCAUCAUUUCACCUUUGUAUAUGGGUCGUUGCAAGGACUUCUUUCCAGAUCCUCUUGUCUAUAAGCCACAGCGUUGGGCACGCGACGCAGAACCAAAAAUAGAACCUUCCACUUUAUUGCCCUUCAUGACGGGUGCACGCAGUUGCCUUGGCCAACGCUAUGCGAUGGUCAUGAUGAAGCUGGUGUUAUCGCAUUUGCUAAGAAAGUAUUACUUCGAGCCAGUUGGCGAGCGACAAGAGAAAGCGCGUCUCAUCUUUGUCAUGACUUUGCACACCAAAAAUCCCUAUUACUGCAAAGUGCGUGCCGUUGAUUAGAUUAGUCAGAGAAUAUAUAUAGGAUAUAGCUCGAGAUCUGUUAGUUAUUAAGCCAGAUUUAAGUGCUCUUUAAGGGUUGGCUGUUUUUGUUUGGCGAACCUUUUGUUAAGCCCUUAUCAAUUCGCUUCGCCUGACUCCAUUCACGAUACGAUUUUUCGUAUUGCAUACUUCGCGGCGCACACAAAUUACGCAUUACAUUUCCGUUUUUAAUGACGACGGCGACGCCAACGCAUAUAAAAAAUAAUGUGUGAACACGCUGAUCGACUAUGACCUACCCUGUUUUUGUUAAUAUGAAUAUUUCUUAGCAAGUAU